CUUGAUAGCUCGUCCCGCCAGCUUCCCUGCCGCAUAACAUCUCAUCAUGGGCAGACCAGAGCUGAUCACAGGAUGGGGAUACGUCAAAGAGAGCUUGAGCGAGAUACGGCCGCCCAAUAGCGAAUUCUCAACUGACGACAUUGGAGACCUCACUGGUCAAGUCCACCUUGUCACUGGCGGGAACACGGGCAUAGGCGAGCAAUGCGUCAGGGUCUUGGCGAGCAAGGGAGCCAAGGUCUAUCUCGCAUGCCGAAACAAGGAGAAAGGCGAAGCCGCGAUCAAGCGAAUUGGCCAAGGCGACAUACACCUGCUGAUUCUUGAUCUUGGAUCGGUCAAGGCGGCGCACGCCGCAGCGGAAGAGUUCAGAUCCAGAGAGAAGAAGCUACAUGUCCUCUACAACUCAGCAGGCGUCAUGGCACCUCCCACAGGCAGUCGUACGUCAGACAAUCUCGAGCUGCAAUUCGGUACAAAUGUGCUCGGCCACUAUGUAUUCACGCAAGGAAUCCUACCGGUCCUGCUGCAGACUGCAAAGAGCGCGCCAAAAGGGCAAGUGAGGAUUGUCAAUACGUCGAGCUCAGGUCACGCCAUACUGCCAAAGGAAGGCAUCAACUUUGACAGUCUGACCACUCUCCAGUCGCAAGCCUAUCUCGGCAAAGCGGACAUUUUCAUCAAAUACGGACAGAGCAAGCUUGGCAACGUCUUGCUCACGAAUGAAUGGGCAGCGCGACAUCCUGAGCUCAUCGUACUGUCAUGCAAUCCAGGAAACAUCAAGAGCGAUCUGCAAAGAACCACGGGCUCAUUGUUGAACAUGUUCAUCUCGCCCGGCCUCUUCCCAGUAUCAAAGGGAGCUUUGACACAAUUGUGGGGCGGCACUUCGCCUACGAUUGACCAGUCAAAGUCGGGCUCAUAUCUCAUACCGUGGGCUCGGUUUGGUCACGUCAAGACGCCCUUCGCGGUCGAUGCCGCGCUGCAGUCGAAGGUCGUCGAUUGGUGUGAAGCAGAGAGCAAGAAGCUUCUGAGCGCCUGAGAAGUGUAUACCAUCAAUACUGUUCCUAGCUCAAUAUUUUGCAUCACAUUCAGUGUCGAGCGGA